AUAAACGCAGGCUCCACGCAGCCCUCGGAAAAAGACCAGGCCGGAGCUGUCACGCCGGAUCCACGCCGUCAGCUGCCUGACACGUGCUGCCCACGCCCGCGCGUCCCCGCCGGGCAGCCCCCUGCGCUCUGGCCCGCAGUCCUGGGCGCCCCCAGCCCCCGCCAUGCGGCCCCACGCGCCCUCGCAGUGCGGCCCCACGCGGCCUCGCAGUGCGGCCCCCAGCUCCCGCCCUGCCGGGCCCCCGCGCCACCAGCCCCCGCCGUGCGACCUCGCUCGCCCCCAGCCCCCGCCGUGCGGCCCCCCGCACCCCCACCGUACGACCCCCCGCGCCCCCAGCCCCCGCCGUGCGGCCCCCUACUCCCCCAGCUCCCGCCCCGCCGGCUCCCCGCACCCCCACCGUACGACCCCCCGCGCCCCCAGCCCCCACCGUGCGGCCCCCCGCACCCCCAGCCCCCACCGUACGACCCCCCGCACUCCCAGCCCCCGCCGUGCAGCCCCCCGCACCCCCAGCCCCCGCCGUGCGGCCCCCGGCUCCCGCCCCGCGGCCCCGCUCCGCCCGCACCCCGCAAACUACAACUCCCACAAUGCCCCGCAGCCGCCCCCCGGCUUCCGGUGCUGCGCAGUUUCCGGAGCGGAUCGCAACCCGGAGUCCGGAUCCGACCCCUCUCUGCACAUUCCAAAGGCAGCCGCCAUGCCGACUGUUCUUUGUUACAUUCGCCGGCCGCGGCGCCGCCGGCGAUCGGAGUCAAAACCCGGCUGGAUUUCGCGGAGCCGCUCCGGGAUCGCCCCGCGCGCCCGCCCGCCCGCCGGGUCCCGCCGUCGCGGGCGCUCCGGGCCGGGCCGGCCGCGCCCCCCGCCCACGGCCGGGCCCCCCGCCCGCCGGCCGCGGCCGGGCCCCGCGCCCAGCCCCUCGACCGCGCGGGGCGGGGCCGGCCGCCCAUCCCUCAGCCGGGCCGCGCCGGGCCCCCCGCCAGGCCCCCCGCCCGCGCCCCCAGCCGCGUCUCCGCGGGGCGCGGGCGGGGGUCUGCGCUGCUCUCGGCGCCGGCGGGGGCGCUUUCCCCGGGGCCCUGGGCAGCCCCGGGGGCGGCCCUGGACCCCCGGCCUCCUGUCUGCGGGGGAGGGCGGAUUCGGGGCGGUGGGCACGGGGCCCGGGCCUCCUCCUCCCGCGCGCCUCCGCGGCGGCAGCGGGGUGCGGGGGCCUGCGCGGACAGGUGGGGGCGCCGCGCGUGGCCCUCCCCCACCCCCCGGGCCGGCGGGCAGUUUGGGGAGCGCGGGUGGGAACGCGGGAAACGGCCCGCCUGUUGGCCUCAGCCGUUGGCCGUGCGCGCUCGGCGAACCUUCGCGGAGCCCGCUCGCUCGCCUGUUUCCCCGCAAAUGCCCAGGAAUCGCCCCCGGCCCGCGGGGCCCCAGAGGUGCCUGGCCGUGGCGGAGCGGGGAGCCGCGCGUACCCGUGUGUGUUCCUGCAGCCGCCCAGGCGGGCUUCGCGAAGCUGGCCCUGCAAGGCGCCCGGAGCGGCCGACCUGGGGGGAGCCUCGGGUGGCGCCCCCGAAAUGCCGGCUGUUCCCGGAGGCGCAGGGAAGCCCCGGGCCCGCCCUGCGCCGGGUCUGGGACCUGGACAACCCGCCGCCUCCCGGGCUGCUGCUCACUUGGUGA